AAAAGUUGAUAUUCUUUUCCCGCUCUUCUCCGUCAUUUCUCUCUAACAAACUCCGACUGUACCCGUUUCUUCCAUAAGUCCCUUCCAGCUCCGGUACCGGAACCUGAAGAUGACAGUGAAACGGCUUCUUUACUGGAAACCGAACCAAGAAUCCGCAAUAAACAGCCAUACAGUGAACAAAAUCUCAGAGUGUGUGAAGGCAUUCAAUGGCGUCAAAGAAAGAGCAUGGAAAACUGAUCUUCGUUAUUACAGAUCCAUUUUACCUGAUCAAUCAAAUCCUGCUCGCCAUGCUUUGGGAUUAUAUUUCAUGGGAAAUCCGAACAAAUAUUACUUGAUCAUUUCGAAACAAAACAUUGUUGUUGAGGCUGAUCCUUCCAUCCUCACUAUCUUGGAUAAACUCCAUACUUACUUUUCUACUAUUGUCCUUUAUUUUGAGGGUGUGGACUAUAAACUGGGUGACUUUCAGAUGAAAUUGGUUAAAGUUCUUACUCGUUAUAACUAUCUCAGAGGCAUUUUAAUGGAGGCAACAAUUUUUUAAUUCUUGUUCCGUUGGUGUUUCUUUGUUAGCUAGACUUGUUUGUAUUGAAAUUUGGUUUGAUUUUGUGUGCAGAUUGAGUAUAUGCCUAUUUCUUCAAUUGAAAUAACCAAGCCAAUUAUGGAAGAGUUCAUUGAAAUAUGGCAACAAGUGGUGUCCACAAAAGCAUUACCUGGCGAAUUCAUUGGAACACAACCGAAUUUUGCGAAAUAUGGGCUUUCUGCCGGUUACACUUGGCAACACACAGCUGUUCAGUAUGUUGAUGCAUUUGAAGAAUUAAUGCAUUCAGCGGGACUUUAGAAGCUUUUCCCUUCUCAUCAAAAGCCAACAACAAUAAGACUAAACCAUUCAAAACUUGGUAUUGCUAUUACCAAGUUAGAUAUCUGUUCAUGGAGUAAGAUUUUGUAUUGCGCUAAUAACUCUUUUGGUUUCUGCAUCAUCCAUGUUGGAGUAGCAUGCUUUGAAGCAGAUGCAAGAACAAAUGGGGAAGGAGGAAAGUAUGAGAGUACUCCAACAUCUGUUGGUCUACAGGCGUGUUUGCUUUUCAAGACACAUGCUAUGUAUAAUAACUAUAAUGAGAUGGAAUGGUUGAUAGCUUUGUUUUUGGGGUGUGUUCAAGUACUUGGAAUGUUGCUGGAAGAUCUCAU